AUGGAAGAGCCAGGAAAACGUUGCGUUUUUUGUGCCAAACAAGACUUGAGCAACAUAAUUUUAUUCAAUACUAAAACGCUAGAACAAUGUGCACAGACGUUAUUAAUUCGCCAAAAAUUUAAGUUAAAAUUUUGCGAUGUCGCGCUACCAGCUGAAAUCAGUGACGCGGCAGGAUAUCACCGGCAGUGUUACAGCAAUUUCACCGCACUGAAAAGCGUGUACAAAAAGAAAAACGUGUCUGAAACAACAUCUGUGCCUUCAACAUCUGCAGCAGUUGAGAUGACUGAGUCAUCAGUUAGUACUGAACUUUCUUUCGAUGAAAAUUGUGGACAGGACGACGAUUCUGCGAGGAAAUUCCCAAUUCCUCGAAAAUAUCUCAAGGCCAAUGAUGAUUACAACCACGACGAGCCUGUACUGUUUAUAAACAGCCGGCGACUCGCAUUGUAUAGUUUCGCAACAGAUACACAGCAAAUUGAAAGGGCCAGCUAUGAGUUGCUACAGGCCAAAAAACAAAAACUCAUUGAGCUUUUUAGGGAAUAUGAAGGUUACAACUGCCAAAUUCUCGCUUUAGACGAGUGUGAUAACGAAGAUAUCGACGAUUAUGAAAAUGAGGAAGGAGACAUGGAUGAAAGCGCCGACAUGAACGAUCGGCAAGGCUUCUCGGAUGCCAGUGAUGACGACGGUUUUUAA